AUUAAGAAUUGGCUCUGAAUACAGCUCUAAUUUUCGAUGUAUCUAUAGAUGUGUAGAAGAACUUAAUGUAAUAUGAGACAAGACGAAGAAAAAGUAGAUCUGGUGUUUUAUGUAAAUGGGAAGAAAAUUGUUGAAAAAAAUGUUAACCCGGAGUGGACGUUGUUAAUGUACCUCAGAAACAAAUUAUCAUUAUGUGGUACAAAAUUAGGAUGUGGAGAAGGAGGCUGCGGAGCAUGCACAGUUAUGAUAUCCAAGUACGACCGGAACGCUCUAAAAGUCAAACAUUAUCCGGUAAACGCAUGUUUGGCGCCAGUAUGCUCUAUGCAUGGGUUAGCUGUGACGACAGUAGAAGGAAUAGGAUCUACCAUUACUAAGUUACAUCCGGUACAGGAACGUAUUGCAAAGGCACAUGGUUCCCAAUGUGGUUUUUGUACCCCUGGUAUUGUCAUGUCUAUGUAUACUCUGAUAAGAAACCAUGAGAGACCUAUGAUGGAAGACAUGAACGUGGCCUUCCAAGGAAAUCUUUGCAGAUGCACCGGGUACAGACCUAUUAUAGAAGGCUACAAAACAUUUACUGAAGAUUGGGAACAGGUGCAUGUUUCUAAUGGAAUCAACGGUAAGAUUAGUGGGGUUGAUAAGCAAAAUGGUUGUGCUAUGGGUGAUAAAUGUUGUAAAAUGUUAAAUGAUACCAAUGGAGUAGAAAGCGAUAAAAUGUUCGAAUCAAGUAAAUUUAUACCGUAUGACAGAUCUCAAGAACCAAUUUUUCCACCAGAACUAAAAUUAUCUGAUGCGUACGAUACCCAAUCAUUAGUGUUUAGAGGAGAUAAUGUUUCUUGGUUCAGACCUACUACAUUAGAAAAACUACUUUUGUUAGUUGAAAAGUAUCCUGGCGCUAAAAUAAUUGUUGGAAAUACUGAAGUUGGUGUUGAAGUAAAGUUUAAAGGUCAAUUGUAUGCUACAUUCAUCCAACCAACAUUGGUAAAAGAACUCACUCAAAUUGAUGUUGGAAGAGAGACUAUACGUAUUGGAGCAGCAGUAACUUUAGAUGAAAUAGAAUCUACUUUCAAAGAUAUAAUUAAAACGCGGCCAGAAUGGGAAACUCGAAUUUGCAAAACAGUAGUGGAGAAGUUACAUUGGUUCGCUGGAAAACAAAUCCGUAGUGUAGGGUCACUUGGUGGUAAUAUCAUGACUGGAAGUCCUAUCUCCGAUUUAAAUCCAAUUUGGAUGGCGAUUGGAGCACGUUUGCAUCUUAAUAGCGUCAUGGGUCCCCGUAUUGUCAAGAUGGAUGAAAAUUUCUAUACUGGGUACAGAACAACCAUUGUAAACUCAAAUGAAAUCUUAGAAGCCAUUGAAAUACCUUACACUUCUAAAAAUCAAUUUGUUUAUGCCCAUAAACAAUCUCGCAGAAGAGAGGAUGAUAUUGCUAUUGUUAACGGUGCCAUAAAUGUUUUGUUUUCUGAAGAAGCAGAUUAUAAAGUUGAAGACAUUAAUGUAGCUUUUGGUGGAAUGGCUCCAAUUACCAAACUUACAAAAAGCACCAAACAAUUGAUUGGACAAAAAUGGGACGAGACAAUGUUGGAAAAAGCAUACCAAUUACUAUUAAAUGAUCUGCCACUGUCCGAAAAUGCUCCAGGUGGAAUGGUCUCUUAUAGACUAUCACUAGCAAUGAGUUUCUUUUUCCGUACAUAUCUCAACAUUUCAAAGCAACUAACAAUUGUUCACUCAAAUGCUUUGAAUCAAGCCACAGGAGAAGCAGUUUACACAGAUGAUAUGCCAAUUUAUAACAAUGAAUUGCAAAUGGCGAUGAUUUAUUCCAAAGUGUCUCAUGCUAAAAUUAUUUCUAUUGAUGUAUCCACAGCACUGAUGUCCCCAAAUGUUGUAGAUAUCAUUUUAGCAAAAGAUAUACCAGCGAAUCGUAACGCAGCUGGAUGGCUUGAAGACGAAGAAUAUAUUCGGCGGGACCUAAUCACCAGCCAAUAUCAAGUAUUGGGGGCAAUUCUUGCCACUGACCAACAAUCCGCUCAGAGAGCUGCAAGACUUGUUAAAGUAAUUUACGAAGAACUUACACCAAUUGUUACAAUUGAUCAAGCAAUCGAAGCAAAAUCGUUUUCUUUCAAAGCAAAAAUUCAUUAUGGUAAUGCAGCUAGUAAAAUGGCUGAAUGCAAUCAUGUUAUUUCUGGCGAAGCAAGAACUGGUUACCAAGAACAUUUUUAUAUGGAACCACAUGCGUUUCUUGUGGUACCUACCCAAGGUCAAGAAUUAAACAUUUAUUGUACUUCCCAGGACCACAAUGGAGUAUCUCUAGGUGUUUCAAAGUUAUUAGGAAUUGAUCAAAACAAGAUUGCUAUCAAAGUAAAACAAGUUGGAGGUGCUUUUGGUGGUAAGGAAACACCACCAAGAAAGUUUGCUGGUUACGUGGCUCUCGCUGCUAUGAAAACACGAAGACCAGUAAGAUUGGUUAUGGAUCGAGAUGAAGACAUGUGUGUAACUGGUGGCCGUCAUCCUUUUUUGUUUAAAUACAAAGUGGGUUUUAAUAAUGACGGAAGAAUUCAUGCUAUCGUAGUUGAAUUGUACAGUAACGCUGGAUAUUCCGGAGACAAAUCAUACAAGGCUAUGUUGCAUGCUCUUUCGCACAUUAAUAACUCAAUCUACAUUCAAAAUUUAAGUGGGUUUAGUUAUGUAUGUAAAACUAACUUACCUACCAAUACUUCAUACCGUGGAUUUGGAAAUCCGCAGAGCAUUUUUGCUGCGGAAUGUAUGCUUAGAGAUGUAGCAGAAUUUUUAAAGAAAGAUUAUGUUGAUAUUGCUAGGAUUAACAUGUUUAAUGAAGGUGAUCUAACUAUUUACAAUCAACCUAUUGUUAAUUGCAAUAUUCGAAGGUGCUUUGAAGAAGUCUUGAUACAUUCAGACUUUCAUCAAAGAAAACUAAGCAUUGAGAAAUUUAAUCAAGAAAAUCGAUGGAAAAAACGAGGUAUUGAUGUUAUGACCUGCACUUAUGGGAUUGGUUAUGGAUUUGAUUUUAUACAACAAGCUGGUGCUUUGAUUUUGAUCUACAAAGAUGGCUCUGUGUUGUUGACGCAUGGAGGAGUUGAAAUGGGACAAGGACUUAACACUAAAAUGGUUCAGAUUGUUAGCAGGGAACUAGGGAUACCUGUUGAAAAGAUACAUACUAGUGAGGUAGCAACUGACAAAGUUCCAAACAGCAGUCCCUCAACAGCUAGUAUGACUUCAGAUUUGAACGGCAUGGCAGUUAAGAAUGCGUGUGAUAUAAUCAAUAAUCGAUUAGUGCCAGUCAAAACUAAAAAUCCCAAUGGUACUUGGGAAGAAUGGAUCUUUACUGCUUACAAUCAACGAAUCAGUCUUUCAGCCACAGGUUUCUAUCGUGAACCUCCUGUUAACUGGAAUUGGGAUACAAAUACAGGAGAUAAACUUUACAAUUACUUUUCUUUUGGAGCAUGCGUCUCCGAAGUAGAAAUUGAUUGCUUAACAGGAGAUCAUCAAGUUCUACGCACUGAUAUUGUAAUGGAUGUUGGUAACAGUCUUAAUCCAGCAAUUGAUGUUGGUCAAAUAGAAGGUGGUUUCGUGCAAGGUUAUGGCAUGUAUGUGAUGGAGGAAAUGAUUGUCUCUCCAAAUGGUACCUUCAUGUCGAAAGGACCUGGGGCUUACAAAAUACCAGGAUUUGGGGAUAUUCCUAUAGAAUUUAACGUUGCCCUUUUAAAAAAUUCAUCUAAUCCUAAAGCAGUUUAUUCAUCGAAAGCUAUUGGGGAACCGCCGUUGAUUUUAGCAUCGUCUGUAUUUUUUGCUAUACGGGAGGCAAUAAAAGCAGCGCGAAAAGAAAAUGACGUCGUGGAGGACUUCCGAUUACAUGCGCCAGCUACAGCGGAACGAAUUCGGAUGGCUUGUCAAGAUCACAUUACUAAAAAGGUGAAAGUUAAUAAAUCAACUUGGAAAGUCGAGCAUUUGUAAAAUAUUUAUAAGUAUUUUAUUAUCAUGAGAGUGUUGUUGACUCAAUAUAAAUAACACGAAAUAAUCGUUAAAUAAAGGCACACUUGUUGAAAGUA